AUAACAACCGGAAUCGGUGCUAGCAUGUGGAGAGAGUACCUGUUAGACAAGGAGCUAGUUCGCACACACGUUUAAGCAGCCAGGUAGCUGAACACCACACCCGAUUGCUGAGUAAGCUAAGAGGACACAGUCAACAACAAGGCAGCAGCAUGUCGGUCGACAGCGUGUUUAGGACCCGCUCUCUCGGUGUGGCCGCCGAGGGUCUUCCUGACCAGUAUGCCGACGGCAAAGCAGCGAAAGUCUGGGAGCUGUACAUCGGAGACACGCAGAGUAGGACGCAGGAAUACAAAAGCUGGGUGGUGUCUUUGCUGAAAGAGCAAGGGGUGCGGGGAGUGCUGGAUGUAGCCUGCGGAACAGGAGUUGACUCCAUCAUGUUGGUGGAGGAGGGCUUUAACAUGGUGAGCGUGGAUGCCAGCGACAAAAUGCUCAAGUAUGCGCUGAAGUCAAGAUGGGAGAGAAGAAAAGAACCAGCUUUUGACCAAUGGGUGAUUGAAGAGGCCAACUGGUUAACAUUAUCGGAGGAUCUUCAGAAGCCAGGGCCUGGCUUUGAUGCUGUUAUCUGCCUCGGCAACUCAUUUGCCCACUUACCAGACUUUAAAGGGGACCAGAGUGACCAAAGGUUGGCCCUUCAGAACAUUGCCAGUAUGGUCAGACCCGGUGGGAUCCUCAUCAUUGACCACCGUAAUUACGACUUCAUCCUGGAGACCGGCCGGGCACCAAAGGGCAAAAAUAUCUACUAUAAGAGCGAUCUAACUCAGGACAUCUCCACCUCGGUGCUGUGGGUCAAUAAUAACCCCCAUAUGAUCACUCUGGACUACACCAUCCACGUGCCCAAGGCCGCACUUCACAAUCUUCCUGAAGUCAGUAAAUUUCGUCUGUCCUACUACCCUCAUCGCCUGGAGAGCUUCAAAGCUUUACUGAAAGAUGCCUUCAACGGCAAAAUGGAGCACAGCGUCUACGGAGACUUCAAGACGUACGUCCCUGGCCAGACCCAGGCCCCGUGCUACUUCAUCCAUGUCUGUAAGAAGACAGCAUAAGAAGCCCCACACACACACACACUGCUAAGAAAAUAAUAACACUCUGUUCUCUUCAUGUCUCAGCAUGCUCCUCCAGAUUUGGGCAAAAUUAUAUUUGAAUAUGUUUUUAAAAAAACCAAACAAACCAAAAAAGAAUAAUUCAUGAGCAUGCACAAGAGUGGCAGUGCCAGUAGGUGGCCUGAUGAACAUUAUAUAAGAAUACAACUUGCUGCUAGCUGUCAUUUCUCUACUGAUUGUGAAAUGAUGUAUGCUAACAUGUUUGUCUUUACGUGCAACAGUUGGUGGGUUCUUAUCUCUCUUGACUUCAAACACGGCACGUUGCUAAAACUCUCAAAUAGUAAAAAGUAUUACAGUAAAUAAUAUAUUUCAAAUGUAUCGGACCACUGUUUUGCCCAUAUCUGUUUAUUUUCCCAGUGUGCUGUGUGUUGCUUUUGUGUUUACCUCAUUUCCUCCCUGAACUUGGAUAUCCACGAUGAACAUGUUUUGAAAUGAGCGAUAUUCCUCAUGAUGGAACACUUGAUAUUAAUCGCCACUAAUGUACAAAGUGCUGCGAUUCUUUUUCUUAAACAAUUGUAUUAUGUAAGUUUACAACAAGGGUCUUAAAAACACAGUUCUAAGUUUUUUAAAAGCGUAUCUCAUUCCGGCCUGCUGCCUUUCUUUAAGUUCAGGCAGAUCUGGCACAGCAUGACAGUUUCAUAUUCAUUAGCCUUGCUUUUAUGACAUGUUCAACUUCAUGUUUAAUAGUAAUCGUGCACACCAUGUUGGAGUCAAUUAAAAAAGACCAGAGAGCAGCUAGUGAAGAUUGUGAAUCCCGCUGACCCCCUUUGAAAGGCCAGGUGUAUGUUUGGAGUGUCACACCGCACGAUCCCCCACAGAGAUCAUUCUGUAACUUUCCUCCACAUCCUUACUUCCUCACCCUCCAGCUCCAGAGCUGAAUGACCUCUGACCUCUUUGAGAGGAACGGCUUCUCAUAUUUUAACUCUUUUGUAGCAAUUCAGAUGUUGCUUAACUGGUUUCUAGUUUAUCUUAUUUAAGCCAAUAACAGCCUUUACAUUUCCUGGCCACUAAUAAGGGUUGAUGAUUCAAAACUACCAACUGUGUCGUUUUAGCAAUACUCGUAAGGCCAGUGACUUUGAGCAGACUGUACUAAACUGGUUAUAAUUUCAAACAGUUUUAUAUCAUGGAGAAACAAAUGUCUUAGACAAUUGUGUUAUCAACCAAAGAUAUUUGAAAAGUGUUAUUUUCUGCUCAUAUCUUGGAAUUGUAUGCUUCAAAAGUGAGAGAAACUUGAAUGUUUGUACAUGUCGCAAAUAAUUGAGUUCACUUAAAUGAUGAGUGGAACAUGAUGAAAGAUUAAUUUAUUGUGCCAUAUUAUCCAGGUCCAAAUACAUUUUGCUUUGACACCAAAUAUUUUUCACGUGAAUGAGAAAAAAAAGAGUCUCUAGCAGAGACAAAUAAAAUAUUAUCCUGACCCCUGCUGUUUGCCUGAACAAGAGCGCACGGUGCAUUCAAACGCUGUGCGUGUGCCUCUUGCAGAACUAAGCGUAGCUUGUGACAGAUCAACGGGAGGUAUGUGGUGAGAAUGUCUGGAUGUUUGAGUGGCUUUGAACGUUAACGUAGAGAUACAACUAUUUCACAGCAGUCUUAUUGUGUUGUCAGCUCUUAAAUAAAACAUGUUUUAACAUUUUAUAAUGAACGAUGAUAAUUGGAAAUAAAAGAGUAUUUGAAAUAAA